AUGCACUCCUUGAAUAUCAUCCAGGCCGCCAGACUCUCCACUCGCACUACGCGCCCGACAGUGGUCGCAGCGUUCGCCAAAGGAUCCCGCAGCGCGACGACAACCACGCCGCCACCAAGCGGACAGGCUCCACCAUCUCCACCACCGCAGAAGAAAGAGGGGGGCUCAAAUGGACUACUUCUCGCCGCUGCUGCCGCCGCUGCAGCGGGUGGCGCAUACUGGUAUUUCAACGAGAAUCCUAAUGACGCUCAGAGGCUCCAGGCGAAGGCGCAGAAAGAGGCAGCAGAGGCACGCCAGAAGGCGAGCGAGUUGAAAGAUGCUGGGAAGGCGAGGAUGGAUACAGCUGCGAAACAGGUGCAGAAUCAGUAUGACACGAAGAAGGAUGCCGCAGAGCAACGCAUAGAUUCCGCUCGUACGUCUGCGAGUAAUGCGGUACAUGAUGCAGAGGCUCGUGCGCGCCAGGCAGCAGCGGAUGCACGAGGCAAAGUCGAGGGGUCGAUAGCAUCUGCGCGCCAAUCCACCGAAAGCUUGUACAACGAAGCCAAAGAGAAGGUAUCUGCCGAUAUUCAUAGAGCAGAGAAGAAAGCAGAAGAGGCGAAGGCCGGAUGGUUCAGUUGGCUUGGAUGGGGGAAAGCGAAGGCCAUAGAAGGCAAGAAGGAAGGUGCUGAGAAGGUCGCCGAAGGUGCUGCCAAUGUUAAAGAGAAGGCGGAAAAGCACACUUGA